UACGAAUGUAUUACCGCCGGUUGUAGAUGUAAUUUGCGGCUCCCAUGAUGGAAACGAAGGUGAUGACAGUCUUUAGCAUCGGUCCAUCCUUCUCCGACAAGUAGACCAGAGCUGUAAAGAGAGGGUGCAAAUACUAAUUCUUUUUAAAACAGGGCGCAAUCUCUAAUUUCACUAAAAACAGGGUGUCAAAUUUUCCCUUUAACAUUUUCGUCUGUGUUCAACGCAUGGUCAGUUUCGCAGGAAGCGUGGGAGAGUUUUCUUGUUCAAGAUUUGACUAUUGUCGAAGCUGUAGGAAAAUAUUUACAUGGACGCCAAUAACUGGAGGGCGGCGCAAUCUCUUGCACAGGCUCAGGGUGGUGACGCCACCAGCAUAACAGCGGGGGCGGCUGCACCAGCACCAGCGGCUUCUGGAGCCAUGGAGACUGGCGAUUGGCGGGCCCAGCUCCAACUAGAAUCCAGGCAAAGGAUUGUUAAUAAGAUAAUGGAAACUUUAAAGCAGCAUCUUCCGUUCUCCGGACAAGAGGGGCUGCACGAACUUAAGAAAAUUGCAGUGCGGUUUGAGGAAAAAAUUCAUGCUGCUGCAACAGAUCAGUCAGAUUAUCUGCGGAAGAUAUCCUUAAAGAUGAUCUCAAUGGAAACAAAAUCACAAAAUCUUAUUGCCAAUCCUCUGCAGGCUAAUGCUGCAAAUAGUAGUCAAAGUGCGCAAGGAACAGGUUCACAAACAAUGCAGCCCCAAGUUAGUAACCAAGCUCAGCCACUUCCUGUUCCAACAGUGAGCAAUCAACCGCAAGGCCAUCAGCAGCUACUAUCACAAACUAUUCAGAACACUAUCACAUCAUCUGGAAUGCAGAAUUCUACAAAUCUGGUGUCUGCACUUCCUACUGUCGGCAGUUUGACUCACACUAACAUUCCAAAUGCAGUAAGCCGAAAUUCGAAUUUGCAAAAUGUACAAGGCAUACCUACUGUUGCUCAAAGUUCAGUUGGAAAUACCCUGAGCCAUUCAAACGUGGUCGUGAAUUCUAUUAGACAGAUGCAAGAGAGGCAACAACAGGUCGUUUCCCAGCAGCAACAACAAUCUCAGGCCUCUAAUACACAUCCUUACCAACAGCACCUUCGCCAACAAAUGUUGAAACAGAAUAUCCAAUCUCAAAUGCAGCAGCAACAGGAGCAACAGCAACAGCCAAACCUACUACAACAAACUCAGAUGCAAUCUUCUCAGCAAGGAGUCAUGCAUUCUUCUACAGUACAAUCUAAUCUGACCAACCUUCAGCAGAAUCAACAGUCUUCUGUUCUACAACAAAGUCAAUCCAUGAUCCAGCAAAGAUCACAAUCAGUCCUCAAACAACAUCAGCAACAACAGACUCCAAUUAUUCAUCAACAGCAAGGAGCAAUGAUGCAGCAGCCAAUGUUACAAGGUCAACUGCAACAAUCUCAACCGGAACAUCUGAUUGGGCAGCAGCAAAAUGUUGCAAAUAUCCAGCAGAACCAACCGAUUGGGCAGCAACACAUGCCUGAUAUGCAGCACCAGCAAACUAGGCUGAUGGGCCAACAGAAUAACUUUACUAGUGUUCAACAGCAGCAGUUAAUUAAUCAGCAAGUUAAUAUUCCAAGUGUACAUCAACAGCAAAUAGGCACUCACGGGAAUGUUGCUGGCCUGACACAUCAACAGCUGGCUGGAAAUCAAUCUAGUAACUCUGGACUGACUGCUAAUCAGCAUCCUAUUCAGAUGUCACAACAUUCUAAGGUUCAAGUGCAACAACAAAUGCUUCCAAGUGCUACACUUUCGCCAGCUCAAGGUCUUCAAUCUCAGCCACAGCAGCAAAUGUUGCAACAGAGUCAACCCCAGCCUGGAACAUUACAGUCACCAUUGGGUUUGCAACAGCAGACAAAUACUCUACAACGAGGAAUGCAGCAUAGGCAACAAAACUUUCAACCACAAAGGGUUACUCCGGAUGCAUCAUCCACAUCUUUAGAUUCAACAGCUCAAACCGGUGAUACACAUCUUGGUGAUUGGCGGGAAGAAGCUUACCAAAAGCUCAAGACCUUGAAAGAGAUGCAUUUUAUGGAUCUAAAUGAAGUGUUCCAGAAGCUUUGUAGUAAAUUGGCUCAGUAUGACUCUCUUCCCCAACAGCCAAACAAUGAGCAAAUGGAAAAGCUUAAAAGUUUUAAGGCUGUGGCGGGAUACAUUUUACAAUUGUUGAGGCUUAACAAGAAUGACAUUCAACCGCACCUCAAAGAAAGGCUGCCAAACAUUGAGUCUCAAAUAGCAUUUUUUCUUAACCCCAACCGGGCCCGGAAACCUCAGCCUCCACAAACCUUUGAUGGCCAAAUUAAUCUCCGGUCGCAUUCUCUAAAUUUACCAGGUGCAAUGUCUUCCAUGCAGCAGAGCAAUUUCAACGACAUGCAGCAGCAUAAUCCCAUGUCUUCUGCAACUGCAGUCUCAAACUCCCAGCAAAACAUGCUAUCUAAAAUGCAGAUGGGAGCUGGCAUGGACAUGGUAGGGCAGUGUAGUUCAUUAAAUUCACUGCAGCAAGUUUCUAGUGGUGCUUUACACCAAAGUUCUAUCAAUGGUUCUCAACAAAUGAACCUAAGCUCAUUUUCAUCACAAGACGGAGCAAAUUCACUUCAGACAACCCUUCAGCAAAACUCUAAUGUGCUACAGCAUCCUAGGCAACAUGAUCAGCAAAUGCUGCAGAACCAACAGCUCAGACAACAGAUUCAUCAGCGGCAGAUUGAGCAACAGAUUUUUCAGAAGCAACUUCAACAGCAGCAGCAAAUAAAGCAAGCACAAGCUCCACCAGCUGCACAGUCGAUGACGCAACUCCACCAAAUGGUUGAUACAACAAAUGAUCUAAAGAUGAGGCAGCAAAUAGGUGUUAUGAAAUCAAGUGUCUUCCAGCAGCAUCAGCCAUUUGGCCCACACGUGGCUUUGCAUCACCCACAGCUUAAGUCAAGUAUAUCUUCACCUCAAUUUCAUCAGACAUCUUCUCCUCAGCUUUCCCAGCAUUCUUCGCCUCAAUUUGACCAGCAAAAUGCUUUCACAACUCAUACAAAAACGGGAACACCUCUUCAAUCUGCCAGUUCACCUUUUGCCCAAUCUCCUUCUACCCCCUUGGCUCCAUCACCAAUGCCAGGCGAAUUUGAAAAAGUUAGCAUGGGUGCUCCAUCUCUUCUUGGUCCUGGGAAUUUGGGGAUUCAUCAAACAACUUCUGCAUCAGCUCAGUCUCUAGCUAUUGAUACUCCAGGAAUAUCAACGUCGCCAUUGCUACCAGAAAUUAACAGCCUAGAUGGCGCACAUGCAAAUCUAUCAACUUCCAUUUCUGGGAAGUCAACAGUUGAACAACCUAUGGGACGCUUGGUUAAUGCGGUAAGAACACUGUCAACUAAGGCUUUGAGUACCUCUGUUAGUGACAUCAGCUCUGUCAUCAGUAUGAUUGAUAGAAUAGCUGGAUCUGCACCAGGAAAUGGCUCUAGAGCAGCUAUUGGUGAAGAUUUGGUUGCCAUGACGAAAUGUCGGUUGCACACAAGAAAUUUCUUCACGCAUGAUGGACCUACUGGACAAAAAAGAAAGAAAUGCUAUACCACGUCAAAUGUAGUGUCAUGUAGUGGGAGUGUUAAUCAUGGGUUUGAACUCUGGAAUUGCUCUGAAGCAUCUGAUUUGGAGUCUACAGCAAUUUCCAACAUUAAGAAACUCAAGGUUGACCAUGCACUCAUUAAAGAGAUAACGGAGAUUAAUCAGCGAUUGAUUGAUACUGUGGUUGAAAUCAGUGAUGAGCCAAGUGUUCUAGCUGCUGAUGCUGCAACUGAUGGGGGUAAAGGCGGCACUAUGGUCAAGUGCUCUUUUAUGGCUGUGGCUCUCAGUCCAAAUUUAAAAUCACAAUGUGCUUUGGCUCAAACGUCGCCAAUUCAGUCAUUGAGAUUGCUUGUUCCUGCAAAUUAUCCGAAUUGCUCCCCAAUUUUCAUAGAUAGCUUUCCAGUUGAUGUCAGUAAAGAGUAUGAAAAUUUGUCUGGCGUAAUUAGGUCGAGGCUUUCUACCUCCCUUAGAAGUCUUUCGCAACCAAUGUCAUUGGCAGAUAUUGCAAGGGCUUGGGAUUGUUGCACUCGGGCAGCUAUCUCCGAUUAUGCUCAGCGAUGCGGCGGGGGAAGUUUUAGCUCAAAGUAUGGGACAUGGGAAGACUGCAUGACCACAGCAGCCUAACCACUACUCUUGCGAUAAAUAUAGUUAUUGUAUGUCUAUAGCAUACUUGAAAAUGCUCUGUUUAGUGUAUAUAUAUAUUUUUGAUGAUAUAUAAUCCUUCCAUUUAAUUCAACAAAUCAGCGGGGCCAGUGAACAUGAUAAAUCAGUUCUAUGUAAUAGGGCCUGCCAGAUAUUGGGUUCCAAAUUUGUUAAAGUUUAGUGGUAUAUACCAGUAUAAUCUUAGUACUAUGUCAGAAAUGUCAUGUUUAAUAAUGAGUAUUUAAAAAAUCAGAAAUGUCAUGUUUAAGAUGUCUAAAUUUCGUGUAUAGAAUUGAUAAUUUUGAAUUGGGAAAAGUACAAAAAAGUACUUGUGGUUGGCUCAUUUUCAGCCAGGAGUUUGUGCUUCAUUUCUUAAUAAAGAAGGCCAUGUGUUUAAA